AUGCCCAUCCACAGCGCCGAGAAGGCCACCAUCAAAUUUUCGGGUGCCAUCCACCCAAGGAAAUCUAUUAUAAUCCGGAUCCCACACGCAUCCCACCUGACCAGCGGCGCCUCGCCCUUACCGGCAAAUGGCCUCUCCACCUUCCGCCUCCUUAUCUGUCUCCACGGAGGCACCCUCACAUUGGAGAUGGAGUCAUCGGACACCAUCGACAACGUGAAGGCGAAGAUCCAGGACAAGGAGGGCAUCCCAACUGACCAGCAGCGUCUCACCUUCGCUGGAAAGCAGCUCGAAGAUGGCCGUACUCUCAGCGACUACAACAUCCAGAAGGAGUCCACCCUCCACUUGAUCUUGCGUCUUCGCGGAGGCACGCAGAUCUUCCCCCCGACGCUUUUCAUCCCCCCCCCGCUACUCAGCAUCCCCCCGUCCUCAGCGACUACAACAUCCAGAAGGAGUCCACCCUCCACUUGA